AGCGCGUAUAUGAUACCACGUUUGCCUGCCAGCAGCGCACAGUCGUUAGUGAGCGCUCGUCGAGUUCGCUUCGCAGGAAAUCAGAAGUCGGUGCGCACGCGUUCGCAAGCAACGAUUUCGAAACGUGUUUGAAAGUGUUUUGAAGUUUGAAGAGUUUUAAAUCGAAGAGUAUAGAAACUGAACUUUGGUGAACCGAGUGAAGCAUGUCCAGUGCCCAAGUGUCGCAACAGCCGCCACCACCGCCGCUGACCGCCAGCAGCAGCAACUCAAUGCCGUCGCAAUUGCUACUUAGCCACAUUCAGCACCACAGCAGCAGUCUGCACCACCAGCGCAGCCACCAGCGAUCCUCGCCACCUGCCCAGGACUACGAUCAGGGCAGCAAUCAGUCCACGCUCUCGCCCAGAUCCCAGAUAACACCCAGUCCGCCGGCAGCGAGUCCCACGCACUCGGCGGCCACCACAGGAUCACCAGUUAGCACCUACACUCCGGCCUUGAGUCCCGCCGGUGCACUGGAUAGCAGCCAAACGGAGAGUGCUCAGAAUCAGUCACAGAUGCCCCUGCUAGUGGCGCCCCUGCCAGUGGGCAAUGGUCCGGCACAUCCACAUGCCCCGCCGCCGCAUCCGCGUCUUUAUGUGGAGGGUUUCCCGCCACCGCACCACGUGCCGCAUCCACAUCCCGCCCUGGGCGCGUAUCCCCUGCCACGACUGCCCCUCAUGAUGCCGGCAAAUCCGCCAGGUGUGCCAGCAGGAGCAGCUGCACCACCGCCCGCCUCACCGCAGCCCGCUGCCAAUCACCUGAGCCACAGUGGUGCCACAACCAUGGCCACCACCACACUCCUGCCUCCCGCCCAAAGUCAGCCCAAGAAAUCCUUCUGCAUCGACGCUCUGCUGGCCAAGAGUCAGCACCAGUCGGGCGAGCCACAGCCCAUCGUCGUGGAUGAUCGCCUGGCCGCCCUGCACUAUGCCCGGGAUCAAGCGGAACUCAAUCACGCGUUCGUGACCGCCUCCAAUGCGGCGGCAGCUGCUCAGGCGGCUGCCUCGGCCGCCGGCGGCAUCAGCGAGCAGGAGGCACUGCAGCGCAUCCGGGACUCCAGGGAGUACGACUCACCCAGUCCCGACGGCAUGUCAAGAUCGGAGUCGCCCACCUCGUCGCACCGCUCCAGUCCGCCCAUCAGUCCCGGCUGCGAGGAUCAGCAGCAGCCCCACGGUGGAAUCCAUCCCCAGCAUCUGUCCAUGCGCAUGUCCGACUUCCACGACGAGUUCAAGAAGCCGAUUCCACCCCACAGUCCCAUCAGACCCCAGGAUUUCCCGCUCUACGCGGGCGGCCAUCCUUACCAGCUGUUGGCUCAGGGCGGAUCCGCUUUCCACAGACCGCUGGAUCCCUCAGGCAAACCCAUUCCCAUACCCAUGGGUCAUAAUUUCAUGCCGUCACAGCUGCAAUUUGAGUUCCUGGCCCGCGCCGGCAUGCUGCACCAUCGGAUCCCCGAACUGGCCGCCUAUCCGCAUCAUGCGAUUCUGGGCAAGACGAGGAGACCCCGCACCGCCUUUACAUCCCAGCAGCUGCUCGAGCUGGAGAAGCAAUUCAAGCAGAACAAGUAUCUGAGUCGGCCCAAGCGAUUCGAGGUGGCCAGCGGCCUGAUGCUGUCCGAGACGCAGGUGAAGAUCUGGUUCCAGAAUCGCCGGAUGAAGUGGAAGCGGUCCAAGAAGGCGCAGCAGGAGGCCAAGGAGAGGGCAAAGGCCAACCAGCAGCAGCAGCAGACUCCCAGUGCAGCCAGUUAGGAGGAGAAGCAUCUGCAGGAUCUGUAGAAUCUGAAGGAUCUGUAGGAUCUGUAGGAUUUGAAGGAUCUGUAGGAUCUAUAGGUUCUGGAGGAUCUGUAGGAUCUAUAGGUUCUGGAGGAUCUGUAGGAUCUUUAGGAUCUGUAAGAUCUGGAGGAGUGGUCUCCAAUCUAGUCAUGCCGCGAUCAAACCGCCGUCCCACCACCAAAACGAGACACCCUGUUAUCUUGCACCCAGUUUCAUUCGCGCAAUCGGUCGAAAUCUUUUUGGGUUUUUCACGUUGAUUUCGCUUUAUUAUUAUUUGUGCCACAACAACUGGGCACUGUGUGAUAUAUGUAAACAAGAAAUAUAAAUUAAAUUCAUUACCCCUUCUCUAGCCAUUGUAUGUACAUAAACAUAAAUCUAAAUAGGAACACGAACAUAAAUAACUAAAUAAACAUAAAUCUAA